AUGGCUUUUAAAGUAGUUUUUGGAGCAACCGCAGCAUUCGUUCUAUUCUUCAACUCUCUGCCGAUCGCUGUCGCAUCACCCGUCGCGACCAGGCAGCUCCUGCUCCCUGACCUCAACGUAGGCUUCCCUCCGAAUGUUACCUUAUUAAUAGAAAACCUAAAUAAAUACAUCACCGAAACACUCGGUGGUACCACCAAUUCUAACGAUAUCGAUGAUCUGUUGCAAACGGUUACAAACACUGUCAACGGGCUAUUGGAAGGACUAACUCCGGAGGGCGGUUCAGAUAAUAUCUUCGAAGAAAUUGCCGAAUUGGUAUCGAACAUACUUAAUGGAGGUCUUCUUAACACGGCUGCAGUUCAAAGCAGACAGCUCGUCGAAGGAACCACCACACCCAGCGUAGAUUCCAGCAAUGGCUUAACCGACCUUUUGGAAGAAAUCGGUGAAUUUGUAUCGGCAAUCAUUGGUUUGGCUACUGGUACUCCUGUAGUCCAAGCCAGACAGCUCGAUGCAAGCGCCAUUACUGCUGGUAUAGAUUUACUGUCCAGUAGUUUGGGUUUAAUGAAGCAAACUUUAGAUGCAUCCAAGCCUUUUGUGGAUACGUUGAAUACCGUUGUACAAAAUAUACCCCUUAACUAAAGGCAAAAUGGAAGACAGGUAUUUGGAAUUUGGAAAAUGUAAUUUAGUGUGUUUAUGUUAUUUGUUUAUCUUUAUAUCCUAUGUUGUUGUGAAAAUUUAUUCAAUAAAUAUAUAAUUCUAUAGUUGUCAAUACAUAUUUUUAUUUCAUACACUUCUCGUACCAUUAUAAGUGAGUGUGUGCUUUACAAAAUUAUUUUGUGAAUGGAUGCUCAUUUGGUAAUUGACGAGAAGGUAUUAGAAUUGAUCGAGUACGACAAUGAUGAAUUACAGCAUGGUCAGAGACCGGCUUUUUU